AUGCAAAACCUCACAGGUUUGGAAACAUUAGACCUCAGUGGAAAUCAAUUUACAGGAAAUAUUGGCUCAUCUCCUCUGACUCAUCUCCUCUCUCUUGAAUACCUUGCACUGUCAGAAAAUUACUUUGAGAUCCCAGAUACAUUCCAAGCAUUUGCAAACCACACCAAGUUGAAAUACUUUAUUGGAGACUCAAACCAACUAGUCCAUGAAACUAUAGAUCAGGAUGUCCAACCUUUUACUAAUGGCCUAAACAUAAACAUACUCAGUUUUUUCUUGGAUGAGGAAUUUCCUACAUGGCUUUUAGAGAACAAUACAAGAUUGAACACACUUGUCCUUAGAAAUUGCUCACUCUUAGGAUCACUCCAGCUACCCUCUCAGACUCUUGCCUAUACAACCCGAAUAAACAUUGCCCAAAAUAACAUACAAGGACAUAUUCCUGCAAACAUAGGUGUGGUAUUUCCUAAUCUCAUUCAAUUGGACUUGUCAAACAAUGGACUCCAGGGAAAUAUCCCCUCGAGCCUUGGCUUAAAGUCUCUUCAUGGAUUAUAUUUGGCAAAUAAUCAUUUAUCUGAGGGGAUACAACACUUAACCAAAAGCUGCAUCAACUUAGUGACUCUUGAUCUAUCAAACAAUGAUUUUAGGGGAACACUUCCAUCUUUCCAACACUUACUAAAUACGAUAACCCUGGAUUUGCACGGUAAUAUCUUGUCAGGAAGUCUCACACAAAACAUCUUUGGUCCAAGUCCAAACUUAGGGGUACUGAAUUUAAGUAAUAAUUCCCUAGAAGGCUUUAUUCCCAAAGACAUAUGCAGUUCUUCCAAGUUCCCUUCCUUAAUUAUCUUGGACCUAUCAUUUAACAAGUUAACUGGGACUCUACCAUAUUGCUCAAGCUUCAACAACGGCUACGUACCUUUCUCUCUCUUGUUAAACAACAAUAGAUUGAGUGGCCACAUGACUGAUGCAUUUUUUAACAAUGCUUCUAUGUUGAUGAUUUUGGAUCUCGGCAAUAAUGACUUGAGUGGUCAUAUUCCAGCUGAAAUUGAAAAUCUCAUAAACCUAGAAGUUCUGGUCUUGAGGGGUAAUCAGUUUCAUGGUCAAGUUCCUGUGCAGUUGUGCAAGUUGCUUACCUUAUCUAUACUGGACCUCUCUUCCAAUAGCUUGUAUGGUUCUAUACCCACUUGCCUAGGUGAAAUUGCUUUUUCUGGCGAUAUCAUUGCUGCACCUCCAUUAUCAUCUUCUGAGCCUGGCAGUAGACAAACAGGCAAAUUAGCCGAGUUGAUUGAAGAGAGAAAAUAUAAAAGUUUUGAGUAUGAGUUUUCAAACAAGGUGCAGUUUACGACAAAGAGCCAGUCUUACCUUUACAUUGGUAGUGCCAUGUAUCUCAUGUCUGGAAUAGAUCUCUCUUGCAACAACAUAACCGGCCAGAUACCACGUGAGCUAGGUAAUUUGAGCACCCUUCAUGCGUUAAAUUUGUCUCAUAAUAAGUUAUGGGGUGCUAUUCCAACAACUCUUUCAAACCUCAAGAACAUAGAGAGCUUGGAUUUUUCAUACAACCUCCUAAAUGGAAGCAUUCCACCCGCGCUUACAACAUUGAAUGCAAUAGAAGUCUUCAUGGUCGCGUACAACAACUUAUCCGGUAGAAUACCAUAUGAAGUUCAGUUUUCAACCUUCGACACCAACAGUUACCAAGGCAACUUCUUCCUAUGCGGACCCCCUAUAUCCAAGAACUGCACUGCAGAUAAAUCGCCCUCAUACAUAAGUAAAACUGCAUCGUACAAAGAUGAAGAUGGCGAUUGGAUUGACAUGGAAUCAUUUUAUAUGACCUUUGUGAUAUCCGGUGUAACUAUGUUUCUUGCGGUUGUGAUAGUUAUGUUGAUUAAUCCUCAGUGGAGGAAUGCAUUGUUUUAUCUUGUCAAAACAUGUAUCAUUUCUAGCUACUACUACUUUGAGGACAAUAUGAGAAAGCUCCUGAGAGUUAGGCGUGUUUAA